GUUUUUGUUCAAAAAUAUCCCCAGGGGUUGAAACAUUUAAACAAAAUGGAGUUUAAGAUGCUUUUGCUGUUUGGGUGUGCUUUGUGUUUGAUUGCACUGACUUCAUCACAGGACAGCUGUGGGCAGCGGCUCUUGGUCGGUCCCCCCGGUGCAUCUCGGAUAGUGGGGGGCCAGGACGCUCCUGAGGGGGCAUGGCCCUGGCAGGUCAGCAUCCAGAUCCAGUCCAGGCACCGCUGCGGAGGGACGAUCCUCAACAGCCACUGGGUGCUCACUGCCGCACACUGCUUCUACAAAUACCUAUGGAUCAGUAGAAGCCAUUUCCGUGUGGUGGCAGGAUUUAAUGUGCUGUCCGCCCCAGGAGACCACACCCAGAUCCGCUCCAUCAGUGAAGUCAGAAUGCACCAGGACUACAGUGAGGUCUCAGCUGACAAUGAUAUAACACUGCUGCUCCUCCGCUCUCCCUUCAUCUUCAAUGACCACGUCCAACCUGUCUGCGCUCCUCACAAUGUGAGCCAUGAGUCCAUCCUCAACUUCAGCCACUGUUUCAUCUCUGGAUGGGGGAGCACCUAUUACAAUGGCGAGCUGAUGAACAGACUGCAGGAAGCCGAGGUGGAGCUUAUUGAUAGAGGAAGAUGUAACCAGAUCACCUGGUACCACGGUCUCAUCACUGACAGCAUGAUCUGUGCCGGACUAGAGAGCGGCAUGGCUGACUCCUGUCAGGGUGACAGUGGAGGUCCCUUGCAGUGCUAUAGCGAAGACGAGGAGAGGUUUUAUGUGGUCGGGGUGACGAGUUUCGGGGAAAAGUGUGGACUUCCCUACAAGCCCGGAGUGUACACACGAACCAGCAGGUUUGCAGAUUGGAUGAGGACAAAUCAGAUAGCAUCACUGUCACAUGCAGACCAAAUGAACACCGGACUGAUCUCAGUUCUGCUCAGUGCUGCUCUGAUUCUGCUCUGAAACAUCCAUUCUGUCAUCAGUAAAUGUUACUAUCACACCA